AUGAAGUUUCAAAAACACGACCAGGUGAUCUGGGAUUUGGAUGACGUGGACGAGGAAGCGUUCACGUCUUGGGUGGAGUCGCACCUCGUCAGUUUCUUGGAGACUUACCUGCGGAUCGAAGAAGUCGAUCAAUACCAGCAGGGGAGCCUAUGCACCGACCCGGUGUGUGGGAUGCGAAUUCGCAAGUCGGCGGCCGCAGCGACUGCAAAUUACGACGGUGCGACGUUCUAUUUCUGUGUGGAGGGGUGCCGGGACACGUUUGUUAGCGACCCCAAACGCUACGAGUGCUCAAUGAUCGCUAUGAUUCGCUAUCAACAUACAAUCGCUAUUGCCGCUGCUUUGAUGGCGAUUGUAGUCGCCUCUAUCGCGUAUGCUCAAGAGAAUACGGCGAGUCGUUCGUCGCUUGACCAAGCAGAUCUUGUAGCCGAACUGCAAAACCUCCAUGCCAAGGUGGCGGCCCUGGAAGCUGCGCUGGAGACACAGCAUCAAUCUCUCUACGGGGCUCCAACUUCGACAGAUUCUUCUACUGCGUCUAUGCAGCAAAUCGGCGGAAUGGGGGUGGGGGCGACACAGGGUAAGGCCGCAACGCAAGCCAUGCCAAGGGAUUCGGACAGCUCACUGUCAGGGAUGGGAAUGGGCAUGAUGGACGAAGGCAUGGGCGGCAUGGGAAUGAUGUCCAUGAUGAAAGGAAAGAAGGGAAUGAUGGGCAUGGGUAUGAUGGGAAUGAACCCUGCCAUGGCAUCGGACUCAAUGGCCGGGAUGGACAUGCCAUCGGCAUUGCCCGGAUUCCCCGGAGCGUCGCAUGUGUAUCACAUCGGCCAGACCGGGUUCUUUCUCGAUCACCCCGAGCACAUCACGCUGUCCGACGAGCAACAAAAGAAACUCAACUCGAUCAAGGAGUCAUCGUUGCUGGCGACUUCAACGGCCCAGCGCGAAAUCGCAGAAGCCGAACAGGAAUUGUGGAAGCUGACGGCUGCCGCUGAACCAGACAUCAAGAAAAUCGAAGCAAAAGCCAAAGAGAUUGCCCAGCUCCAAGAGACCCUCAUGCAAACGAAAACCAAAUGUAUUGGUGGAGUCAGUGUGGUUGCGGCAAUCGCUCUUUGCAUAGCGAUCGCAUUCACCGGACUGGCACACGCUCAGGACAAGAGUCACGAUUCGCACAGCGGGACGCACGAUCACGGUCCCGAAAUGAAGAUGAUGAGAAUGACGCAGAUCAAGACGCAGGCCGAAGCGGAAGCACUCAAGCCGGGCGAUUCGAUCGCGAUGGUAUGCAGUAUGUGCAAAAUCGUGACCGUUCAUGCUGUCGGCAAGGACAAGUCACACGUGAAAAUGAUGACGGUCGGUAACAAGCAUACCUGUUCCGCUUGCGACGGCAAGGUGACGGUUGAAGGUACUGGCAAAGGAAAGGGCAAGCAUCAAGAAGUAAAGCAUGUCUGCGGCAAGUGCGGCGAUGAUGCGAUGUUUGUGGUUGCGACGAAGGCUGCCAUGUCAGACCAUGACGACAUCUUCGAGAACGCGCUUCUUCGACUCGACCGAGCGGCUCAGUUUGUACAGAUUGAUCCAGAAGCACUGGAGCGCCUGAAACAUCCGAAGUCGGUCGUGCAUGUCAGUAUUCCAGUUCGGAUGGACGACGGAUCACUGCGAAGCUUUGAAGGCUACCGUGUCCGACACGACGACACUCGCGGACCGACCAAGGGAGGAAUCCGCUUUCAUCCGCAGGUGCAUCUUGGUGAAGUCAAAGCACUGGCGUUUUGGAUGACCUGCAAGUGUGCGGUUGCGGGCAUUCCUUUUGGCGGUGGAAAGGGAGGCAUAAUUGUCAAUCCGAAAGAGCUUUCCCGAAUGGAACUGGAGCGACUCAGUCGCGGGUUCGUCCAGCAGCUCGCCGAUUUCAUUGGUCCUGACACAGACAUUCCGGCUCCUGAUGUCUAUACAAACUCAAUGAUUAUGGGCUGGAUGAUGGAUGAGUAUUCCACGAUCCAGCGGCAACGCACCCCGGAUGUCAUUACUGGCAAACCGAUCCCACUUGGCGGCAGUCUUGGUCGCGAUGAUGCCACCGGACGCGGCGCUUACUACUGCAUCAAAGAAUUGGAGCGGUUCAACAACUGGACUCGCGGAAACGUGCGAGUUGCCGUUCAGGGAUUCGGAAACGCUGGUCAGCACGUAGCACGCCUGCUUCAUAAGGACGGUUACCGGUGUGUGGCCAUCAGUGACUCCAAAGGCGCAAUCUAUCGCGAAGAUGGAAUAGAUAUUCCGCGGGCGAUCGAACUUAAGCAGUCUCAAACGUCCAUCUCGAACGUGUACGACGAACGAAGUGUUUGUGACUGUCCGGAAUGUGGAUGUGUGGACUGUCAUUGCAAAUCAAAUGAUGCUGGCAGUGGUGCUGUUAUCACGAAUGAGCAGCUACUUGAGUUGGACGUUGACGUGCUGAUUCCGGCUGCCUUAGAGAACCAGAUCACCGGCGAAAAUGCCUCGCGAAUCACGGCUCCCUACAUCGUCGAAGUUGCCAACGGUCCAACAACGACGGAAGCCGACAACAUCCUGAAAGAACUGGGGGCGACAGUUGUUCCCGACAUCUUGGCCAAUGCUGGCGGCGUCACAGUCAGCUACUUCGAGUGGACUCAGAAUCGAGCGGGCUACUACUGGAGCGAGAAGAAAGUGCAGGAGCGGUUGCAGCGGAUCAUGGCUCAAGAAUUCGAAGCUGUUCACGAUCUGAGCGUCGAAGCCGAAAUCGACAUGCGAACUGCUGCCUAUGCCCACGCACUCAAUCGUAUCGGCGAAGCGAUGGAAUCGCAGGGAACAAGUCGAUACUUCAACUCAGUGAUGAAGGUUUCCCAAGAAGAACACGCCCAGCAUCAUCCGGGGCAAACCGGGGAUGCAAAAGGCGGUCCCGGAAUGGGAGGCCCACCCGAAGGUGCCGGUCCGCAAAAUGGCAUGGGCGGCGGUAUGGGCGGAAUGAUGGAUGGCAUGAUGGAGAAAAUGGCUGCGCCCAAGCCCAAGGACCUCUACCCGUCCUUGAUGGAGCUGCCUGACCUGCCGAUAGAGCGUCGGGGCGAACUUGAGCAGGAAGCUCAUGGCCGAAUGAUCGCCGGAACUCGCUUGUUGGGCGAAGGCUUUGAGGAGUUAUCUCGUUCUGCUGCCGGCGAUGACUUUGCGGCGAUGCAGUCUGCCACGGCCAAGAUUCGCGAAGGCUUGAGNNCGCACAUCGCACUACUCUGGGGAAUGUCGCCGUUUCAUGCCAGCGUGAUGGUUGUCUUAAUCGCGUUUGCGGUCGCCAUGAUCUGGAUGUACUUCUUCAAGAUGCGACGCGCGGCGUCACUGCUGGAAAAGCUGUCCACUCCAAACGCCAUCGCCGAAGGUGUCGGAGUCCAAAGCGGGUCCGGUCGUACGGCCCCAUCGACCGAGAGUGCCUCGUCAGUCGAAACGACGCCUAAACAAACGGCAACUCAACUUUCAGAACCUGCUGAUUGUUGUGCGACCGGCGACGGCUGUCCUACCGAAGCUCCCGCCGACGGGAUUGAUUCCAGCGGGUUGAUUCCAGUCGCCAAGAAAACUCUCUGUCGACUACGAGUCGCAAAGAUCACGCAGGAAACCGAAGACGUGAAAACCAUUCGCCUUGUGGCCUGCCACGGCGGUCGAAUUCCGUUUAACUACCUACCCGGCCAGUUUCUGACUUUUACGCUGCCGGUUGGCGAAAAACCGAUACGACGCAGCUACACAAUUUCGUCGGCUCCAACCCAAGCAUACUACUGUGAAGUCACCGUCAAACGAGAAGAUAAGGGUGCGGGGUCACGGUACCUCUGCGAUGAACUUAAAGUCGGUGACACACUGGAAGUUAAAGCCCCCAGCGGGCGGUUUACGUUCACAGGCGAGGAGUCGGACAGGGUGGUGCUGAUCGCUGGUGGAGUUGGAAUUACGCCGAUGAUGAGUGUCACGCGAGCGCUAACAGAUAUGUGCUGGCCCGGUGAGAUUCACUUCAUCGUCGCCUGCCGCGAUCCAAAGCACUUUAUCUUCGAGUCAGAAAUCAAACGGCUUGAAGAACGAUACGACAACCUGCACGUUCACGUUGCCAUGAGUCGCAUUGAUCAGGAAAUCAACGGCUAUCGCAAGGGAAGACUUACUAAGGAAUUGCUGGCCGAGUGGGUGCCGGAUAUAGCAUCACAUCGAGUUCACAUCUGUGGCGCUCCAGCGAUGAUGGACGCCACCAAAGCCAUGCUGUCCAAACUCGGUGUUCCGGUUGAGAACAUCCAUACAGAGAACUUCGGUUCCACGCAAAAGCCCAAGGCUAAAGUUGCCAAGGGUCAGGAAGCCCAUGAGCCGAAGGCGACGGGAGCCAAAAUCACGUUCGCGAAGUCUGAUAAGUCCACUGAACUUUUGGCCGAUGAAACGCUUCUCGAAGCGGCUGAGCGAGUCGGAGUAGGCAUCGACUAUUCCUGCCGUGUCGGGACGUGCGGCAUUUGCCUCGCGAAGUUGCUCUCCGGCGAUGUGACGAUGGAAGUCGAUGACGGCUUGGAGCCGGAAGAAAAGAUCGUCGUCACGGGCUUGGUCAUGCUGAUGUUGCUUGCAUGGCUUGGCUUUCCGCUGCACCACGCUCAUCGGUUUGCAGGGAGUUUCUGGGGAGGAGUCUUCGGAGUAACCGGAGCGGCCCUGAUGCUCGUUCCGUUGGCCUACCUAAUCGUCAAGCGAAACAAGAAACUCAAGCAGACCGUCACCAAACACGUUUCGAUGCGAACGCUGUUGGCUUGGCACAUUUACGCGGGAGUGCUUGGUCCGAUUUUGGUCAUCAUUCACAGCGGACAUAAAUACGAAAGCGUCGUAGGUAUUGCGCUGACGGCAAUGACCCUGCUGGUCGUCGUGAGUGGGUUCAUCGGACGCUACCUGAUGUCUGGUUUCGCCAAGGAAAUUCGCGAGAGGAAGGCGAUGUUGACGGAAUUGCAAACAGCCUAUGAUGAAGCCAGUGUUGCUGUCGGGUCCAAUCCGGAGGCGGCAAAUACCCUGCGGCCGUUCUCUGGAUUCUUUAGCCGCUUGAUGGCUGGCUUCUUCUUGUCGGAACCGACUACGGAGCCGUCGGUUGCCAAAGCCAAUUCGAUCACGCUGGUCCGUCUGGCUGAGUCCAUAGCAGACGUGGAAUACGCGAUUCGGACUCACGAAGAUUUCAAAACGUGGUUCGGCAAGUGGCUGAAGUUUCACAUUGCCAUUUCGUUCAUCCUGUACGGGUUGAUGUUUAUCCAUGUCAAUUACGCCGUCUACUUCGGCUUGCGUUG